AUGACCACGAGAAUACACAUAGGGAGCAUAUCCCCCAACCUCCAGUCCAACCCGGACUCCCUCACUACCAGACUCGAAAAGUUUGGAAAGGUAGUCACACCAUUAUCAUUCCACACUAAACCAACAGCAGAUCAUUAUUUCGCCUACGUCACAUUAGACAUCACCUCGGCCAACUUUGACAAGCUCAAGGGACAACUCAACGGGGUCACAUUCAUGGGCCGUAAGCUCAGUGUGUCCAUUGCCAAACCAUCGUACCUCGACCAAGUAUCCAAGCCCGACCACACCAAACAAGAACGUAUCACUCGGGACAAAAUCAGCCAAAUAAGACAAGCCAGGAUCACAGAUGGACACACCCAGUACAAACAGACCACCAGUGGCGAGAUAUGCACUGCCCCUUUAGUCACUGGCUCUUGGUCAGUUUCUCCACACACGUUUGAAAACAAGUCCGCCAACACCAAGAACAAACCACCAAGCCAUAACUUGGUUGGUUCAAAGUCGUAUGGCGCCUGGACGAACGCCAGAAGCUCGUUUGAUAAAGCUUAUAGUAAUAUUUCCGGAAGAGGCGAGGUCAUAAAGGCCAGACAUAGAACUACUCCAAGAAAAGAUAUUCGUCAUCAGACUUUGCGAUUGUUGAUUAACGACGAGUUGAAGUUGAUUAAAUGUUACAAGACCAAGUUAUGGGGAUUUGACAAGAAGCCAUUGAAGGAGUUGAGUUUCAGGUAUGAGCUGGGACAAUGGAUCAACGGCGAUGGUGAAUUGAUUGAGCGGGUGGACAAGUUUAGCGAGGAAGCACCCGUGGAUGAUGUUGAAGAGCACGAUAGGAAUAAGUCGUUAUUGGCCCUGAUUGACUUUUCCAAGCCGGCUGAGAUUGAAGGUGAAGAUGGUGUGAGUGAAGAGGAGGAGGAGGAAGAAAUAUAUGUCAAUCGACAAGUGAUGGAUGGGCCAGUUGAAGGAGAAUUGGCAGCUCCAGUCGAAGAAGUGUACUAUGAUGAAGACGACGAGGGGAAUGAUGUUGAUUUCGAUGCUAUAAACCAAGUGAGUGUUCCAAGAGGAGAAACCGAAGAAAAGUACGAGCCAGUGGCAGAGGAAGAAGCAGAAGCAGAGGCAGAAGAAGACAGACCGCAAGAGCCAGCAGUCGCUGAAACACCAGACACCAACAACUUGGACACAUUGCGUUCGUUAUUCAACGCGCCAAGCCAAUCCACAUUCAAAUUGGAACUUUCUGACGACGACAUUGAAGAGACUACUGCCUUGCCUAACGAAACCACGCAACAGCAAAUUCUCGAACAAAUCCAAGCCAAACAAGAAACAUACGCUGUCAAAGCCACCAAGUUUGGAUUGUUCUGGCCCCACUUGGACUCUCCGUUCUUGUCUACCCAAUCUCAACUAAACAAGAUCGGGCUGGUUCAUGAUAAGAUUGUCUUGCCUGGGGAAGAUGAAGAUAUGAGCGAAGGCGAAGAGACCAAGUACGAGAAAUGGUUUUGGAAUAAUCGUGGUGAGAUUUCGAGAAUGUGUAAACGUAGGAGACGUGAUGUGUUGAGAAUCAUGAGCAAGCGGAAGAAGUAG